AAUCCAGCAGGAAAAAUAGCAUCGUCUGCAGCGGGCUUUAGCGUGAAGUUACCUCCCAGAGGUAAGUUCCCAGAGGUGGAUUAUAGCAUACCAACUUUUCGACACUAAAUAUUUUAUUUUUCACAGUUGGUAGCCCUGGGAAACUGUAACCACAAAAGAGACGGAGAGCGCAUGCGCACGACGCUUCCAUGUAAUAGCACCUUUAUGUUCGCACGUGGAUACCGCGUCCCGCCUGAGCUUAGCUCCUUUGGAAUAUUUUUAAUUUAAACGAAGUGAAUAUGUUGUUUGGGCUCGAUUAACGUACGUCGAGGUAAUUUAUCAACAUGAAGAACAAGCCGAUCCGCCACAAGGAGACUAACGUCUUCCGGUUCAAACCGUUCUCCGAGAGAGUGACGGAGAUCGACGUCGACAUCUUCCACCGUCUGGCACAUCGGAACGAGAACGUCGCUGAGGACGACGUCGUAACCCACUUUCACGAGACGCUGAAGAAAUGGAACGUUCUCAACCUGACGGAAGGUUACACCGCCUUCAAGAGACAAGUGCGGGACAUCGUCACGUUGCCCCAAUUGCUGCACAAGAAGCAGCACGUCAUCGACACGCUUAUGCUGUAUCUGAGGAAACGGGAUCCCUUGUUCCUGCAGCCGAUCCUGGAGUAAGCAUGCACCACGUGGCGUAUAGAGAAAUAUGUGUCCGAGAAGUCAAACUAACAUUUAGCAAAUUUUGAGGGGUAAACCACUCUCGGCAUUGUGGUGUACAGAUUUCGGG